AUGGCACUAUCCGCUCCUCCUGACAGGCCGGCCGGUAAGGUCGGCUUCGUCUCCAAAGUACGAAGGAAGCUGAAUUGGCCUCGCCGUGGGAGCAAUCCCGACAGGGGGCCGACAACACCGGAUAACAGGAAUUCCGCAGGUAAUGGGAAUGUCAUUGACACACCUAGGCCACCAACCGUUGCCCGUCAACAAUCUGAGGUGAGAAGUCGUCUGAGACCUGUAGAGCUCUCGCCCACGGAACGUAGGAGCGUGCCAGCUGUGCCGGGCUUCGCAUCACAUUCUUCGAGGAGCCUGCAAGCUGCCCCGGUUCAACCUGUAGUGACCCCAGAGGAAGCCCCGGUGAAGGAGGAGGAAGAGGGGGAGGAAAGGGCGGAAGGGGAAGGACGGCUGGGCCUUUUACGGAGCGAUGACCAUAUGUUCACGCCACGGACUGGGCCGAGAGAAUCUGAACCAUCGGUUCCGCCUCCGGCGCCGCCGGCUCCUACGGACUCUGUAGGUGGGCUGUCCGCGACGGAUGAUGGCGUGGAGGGUGAUGUGACGAGGUCGCCUGUUGAUGACGAGCUGGAUUGGAAAUGGAUCCUCAACCUGAGUAUGCACUUCCGCGAUCAAUCGGACCGGGAAAAGUUUUUCGUGACUUAUGCCGAGACACCGACUCUUCGACGUAGGCUUACAGUAUCCUGCGAUUACCGGGACGCGGAGGAGGGUACCUUGGAAAGGGAAUUGGCGAUGCUGAGAUACCAACGGGACAAGAGCGCGAAGAUAUAUGACGCUAUCAGGGACUCAUUGAGCGAUAUCCAAUUCUACGAUACCAUUACAAACCUCAAGCUACAAACCAGUGGUGGGAGGCUCCAUGUCCAUGUUACCGAGGACCUGCAUGAGAUCAUCCCGUAUCCGCCCGUCGUUGCCAUCGCGCACUUGCAAUGCCCCAAGUACAAGGAAUCCGAACUGGAAUUCGACUCGCAUCUCUCCGGGUUUGUCUACAAGGUCAGGGUCAGUGGAGAUGUGUUUAUCAAGAAGGAGAUCCCGGGACCUGAUACGGUGGAUGAGUUUCUGUACGAGAUCAAUGCGCUAUAUGCGCUGGCCGACUCCAACAAUGUCAUUCGUUUUGGCGGGUGUGUGGUGGAUGAGGGCCGAAAAAAGGUCAAGGGGCUCCUAAUCAGUUUCGCUUCCAAGGGGGCUCUCAUCGACAUUAUAUACCAUGAGCGUGGAAGGCUUUCCUGGGAGACUCGGGAGAAGUGGGCAAAGCAGAUUGUCUCUGGCCUUUCGGAGGUCCAUGAAGCCGGCUAUGUUCAGGGGGAUUUCACACUGUCCAAUAUCGUGAUUGAUGAGAAUGAUGACGCCAAGAUCAUUGACAUCAACCGCCGGGGGUGUCCGGUUGGCUGGGAACCCCCGGAAGUUACUGCCAUGAUUGACGGACUCCAGAGGAUUGGAAUGUACAUUGGAGUCAAAUCUGAUAUUUUCCAGCUUGGCAUGGUGCUUUGGGGGAUUGCGCAUGAAAUAGAUGAGCCGGAGGCUGUUAAAAGGCCAUUGGGCAUGGGUGAAGCCCCUGGUGAUGUACCGGACUACUUUAGAGACAUUGUGGAAGCCUGCCUAUCUGAGCGGCCUCAGGGCCGACCGUCCGCUAAGGAUUUGAUUUCGUUGUUCCCUGAGCACAGCCAACCUUCCCCUCGCUACAUUGACAGGACGCCACACUAUGGGGAGGGGAGCGGCUCUUUUGUAGCCCUGGAUGGGGGAACCUAUUUUCCAAACGGCUACUCAGUGGGGCCCGGACAGCCUUAUGCGGAGGCCCCUCGGGAAAACAGCGGGCAAAGCAUGUCAGGGGUGAACAGGGAUGGCGGUAUCGUUAGAACGGACGGAUUGCUCCUUAACGGAAAGGUCAGGCCCAUCAAGUUCCCCCUAAAUAGCGCCCUUUCGAAGCCCCAAAUCUGACGGAGUGAUUGAGUAUGAAAUAAAACAGCUGCCACAGAAUUCCAAUAGCACCUACACUCCAUUCCCCCCGCAUGAACUCGGUAGCCACAUGACAGGCAGCCGUCGCCCACUAGUAGGCGAGGAAGCCCGAUCCGACGCCAGCAGUAGCAACCGUCCCAUAUCCCGCGACUCAUUCGAAGAUGCACCGCAAGUGAUCGAGGCGGCACCCAGUGAAGCAAGCGGGGAAGAGCCGUACAUACCAAACAACAUCGGAUCCGUAGUCCCCUUAUUACCCGCGAGCCUGCCCCCGCCACCACCACCCCAACCGUUUGUGGGGCCACCGUCAGGGAGUUGCGCGACUGCGAGCGACCACUUUGGGGAUGGGUCCGACCGGCCGAGAUACACGCCUGCUCCUCAACCCCGACGGCUGCCGGGUUCUCCUUCUUGGGGGAGUGGAAAUGCGAGGGGGAUGCCCAUGAACGAGGACUAUAUGAGCCGGGAUCCGCAGGGGGCGGAGUCACCCGGGAACUCGCCUAUAUCGCUGACGUCCCCUCCACCGCCGCCAUUACCAUUGCCUAUACCUACCACGGGACCUGGGCUUGCGGUUUGA